UUCCUAUACCAACUCUCGGUUUGAACGCUCCGUCAGCUGUUCUAAAAGCUCUAACAGAAACCCCAGGGAUAAAUGAAGCAGUAACUCUCGAAGAACUUUUAAACGAUCGUUGGGUCGACAAUCCUUGGAUCUAUCGUGCAACGUGCCGAACAUCCUCGAGGAAAGGAGUACGAAAUCGCGUCACACCAAUUGAGCGCGGGUGACGAGCAAGAAAUCGGAAGUACCGCGGAGACGAUUGCUCCUUCGUUCGUCUUUUGAAGUUCCUACGUCUUGUAACGACAAUCGGCGCUGGCGAUGAGAAAAGACACUAAUAACGUCGGGGGUCACGUGUAGAAUGUAAAACAGCGCUACGCGUUAUUGAACGAUAACUGCAAGUUAUUAGGGUCGAUUGACGAGUAACUGGACGUAAGGAGCGCGUAAAAUGCCUCUCCCGGUGUGCGUGCACGUACAGAGAGCUCCGCCUCGAUUGUUGGUUACCAUCGCCAUUGGCGUUGACCGCAACGUUACAUAUGUAAAUUACUCCCUCGUACGAAUGUCGGCUUGGGACUAAUUCGACCGUACGCGCAAUGUUACAUUAACAUUCGCGCCGUGAUCGCUGCCGUACAAUAAGCGGUUCAGUCUGUUCCUCUUCACGGGCGCGGUGUCACCGCUCGAAUCGGUGCUCCGGUUCCAACGAUACUCGCCGCUACGUCCUAGUUCGAUCUUGAUCCCCAUCUGCGGGUGUUCUUGGCCUGCAGUGACCCUCUCGAUCGUGGCGACCGGGCGAUGUGACAACGCGCGUGGUUGCUGGAGCGCGACCGAUCGGCCACUGGGGAUCGAGACACGAUUCACCCUGGGACACGGUUGUUCGUCUGGUUGUGAACAAUUUGUAGGAGUUACGAUGGAGUAGUAGAUAGAACGGGCGGGAAGGACUUACGUGCCACGGCUCGAUUUGCUUCCAGGAAAGAUGAGGGGCGGAAGUAGUUUGAAUCAGUACAACGACGACGACUUCUUCAGCGGCGGGCCGUGUCCUUCGUGCAGGCUGGCCAUCAACAAGGAGACCGGACGACUCAAGUGGUGCAUGGGUGGAAACGAUACUUGGCGCUUUCGCGUCAAACUGAUGCUACUGAUCCCAGCCGUAUUACUGCCGAUCACUAUUAUCUUCAUCGCUUUGUCGCGAUCGCAGGUCAUAGGAAAGACGCCUUAUCACCGUACGUAUUUGAUCCACGCGACACGGAGGCAGGACGAGAGGGCUGAGGAAACCUUACCGUUGGCGACCAGCCGCAGUGACACCGAACGAGCGAGCGAGGAAGAGGAAGAAGACAGAAUCCUAUUAUCUGGAAUGAAAACAAGCUACGUGCCGGUGGAAACGUUCCUUCCGCCGCAGAAACUUCAACGACGCAAGAGAGAGCUCGAUGGGGUGCAGUCGACCGACUACGUUGCCGGGAAAACGGACGACCGGAACGCAGACGAAAACUUGGAGCACUUCCUGGACGAUUACUACUCAAAGGUGGACGCGGACGAGGUCAAAGAUAACCCUGAAAUACAAAGCAACGAAUAUCAAGAGUACGACAACCACCCGUGCGACACGCGGAGAACCGAAGAGGAGGUGCGCUCGAGGUUGUCCAAUGGAAAAUACGACGGGAACGAGGAGCGUUCUCAAGACGAGUUCGACGAGGGCGAACAAGGCGGCAGACACUCGAUUUCAAUCGAUGACUUGGACACCGGUUUGCCGAUCACCGAUGAACAGAUCGAGGACGACGCGAGUCCCGAUUUCCACGCGUUUUGGAAGGGCGAGGGCAACGGGUGGGCCAUCAGGAAGACUCAAGCAAAAAUCAUGCUCACUUACAUGGACAGGGGCGCUGACCCAUGCGAGGACUUUUAUCAGUACGCCUGCGGCAACUGGGCGAGGCACAAUCCCAUACCGAAGGAUCUGGCGGCCUACGACACCUUCGAAAUAAUCAGAAAGUCGUUGGAUUUCGUCCUCAAGGAGCUCCUAGACGAUCCUAUAUCCGGAGACCUGGAGACGAACACCAACGACGCGACCGUCAAAGCCAAACAGCUCUACCAAAGUUGCAUGAAUUACGAGAUCUUGGAGCAACGCAUGGAACGGCCGCUUAUACAGCUCCUGGAUCAGCUCGGCGGUUGGCCUAUCCUAAGGCCAAACUGGGAUCCAGAGAAGUUCGACUGGCUCCUCCUGGUCGCCCAGUUGCGACUAUACAACAACUGUAUUCUCAUUUCCGAAUGGGUUGCGCCGGACAUUAAGAACAGCGAGCAAUACGUGAUCCAGUUCGAUCAGACGACACUGGGCCUUCCCACCAAAGACUAUUUCCUUCAACCAUCGAACACGAUAUACUUGAAGGCUUACAAGGAUUAUUUAAUCAAAAUCUCAACCUUGCUGGGAGCAUCUUUGAAAAACGCCACCAACGACGCCAAUGAGUUGAUAGAAUUCGAGAAGAAACUUGCCAAGAUCACGUUCACCGUCGACGGUAGAAAGAAUAUCUCCGAGCUCUAUCACAAGAUGAGCAUCGGUGAGCUGAGGACUCUGGUGCCGCAGAUCAAUUGGCAUCGAUACCUGACGAUCGUUUUAGCGCGACCGACAAAUAUCUCCGAGCCGGUUGUCGUCUUCGCGUUGCAAUAUAUACAGGACCUAGUGAAUCUACUCGCGAAGACUAGUCCACGAACCAUAGCGAACUAUCUUCUAUGGCGAUUCGUCAAGCACAGAGUGAACAACUUGGACGAUCGAUUUCAGGAAGCUAAGCAGAAAUUUUAUUACAUCCUCUUUGGGAGGGAGCAAGCACCACCCAGGUGGAAGAACUGUGUAGCACAGGUGAACUCUAACAUGGGUAUGGCUGUCGGAUCGAUGUUCGUCAAGAAGUAUUUCGAUGAAAAAAGCAAGAACGAUACCUUGUCCAUGACCAGAGAGAUACAACGAUCGUUCAGAGAACACCUGAGUCAAAAGACCUGGAUCGACGACGAAACGAAAGAGUUGGCCAUCGAGAAGGUGAACGCCAUGUUGCUGAGGAUCGGUUACCCCGAUUUUAUUUUAAAAUCUGAGCUACUGAACGAGCGUUACAAGGAUGUCGUGAUCCGUCCAGACAAGUACUUCGAGAAUACGUUGAACAUAUUGCAGCAUCUGACCAAGGUGGAGCAGGAUUGUCUCGGCAGCCCUGUUAACAAAACACUUUGGAACACUGCGCCUGCAGUGGUCAAUGCUUAUUACAGCCGCAGCAAGAAUCAGAUAAUAUUUCCAGCUGGCAUACUGCAGCCACCCUUUUAUCAUAAAUACUUUCCACGAAGUUUGAAUUUCGGUGGGAUCGGUGCCGUGAUUGGGCACGAAAUCACUCAUGGUUUCGAUGAUAAGGGUCGGAUGUUCGAUAAGGAUGGUAAUCUACAUAAAUGGUGGAGAGACGAGGACAUUUAUGGCUUCGACGAGCGCGCCAACUGUCUUAUCGACCAAUAUAGUCAUUACACCGUGAGCGAAGUUGGUAUGCAAAUAGAUGGGUUCAAAACCCAGGGAGAGAACAUCGCGGACAACGGUGGUAUCAAGCAAGCUUUUCGGGCCUAUGAGAGGUGGUUGGAGUUAAACGGAAACGCCGACGAGAUUUUGCCCGGUUUAAACGCGACAGGAAAGCAGCUGUUUUUCCUACACUUCGCCCAAAUGUGGUGCGGCUCGAUGAGACCGGAGGCGACCAGAAACAAACUGAAAACCGCUGUGCAUUCCCCUGGCAAGUUCCGUGUGAUCGGUACCUUGUCAAACUCGCAGGAUUUCGCCGAGGUAUUCAACUGCAAACUCGGGGCGCCCAUGAAUCCGAUGAAAAAGUGUUCUCUUUGGUGACGAACCGCGCCCAUGUUACUCCUCCAAAGUUUAUCGAUCUCGGAUCGAGUGAAUCCUCACGGGUGAUCGGCAUUACGUUGCCUCAUCGACCGAAGAUGGAAGUGUCAAUCGUUGAAACUCAUCUUUACCUUCCUGAAAUAUUCAAAUACUCGUUUCGAAAGUGAAACUACAGCCUUUCGCUUUGUAAUGAUAGCUAGUGAUAUAGAGCAAUCGCCUUGCGUUGAUCUUCGAUCAAAAUGAAACAUUACUUUUCGCUAAUUAAAGAGGAACACGGAGAAACCGAUGCGAGUAACCAUUAUCGUGCUCCAAACUGUUGUUCAACGAGUAGCGAUCAUGUAACGUAAUCUAUUAGGAAAACAAAUCUCGCGCUAAUAAAAUAUGUCGUGUAGCGAUAAAUAAAGUAACUUUUAUCGUGCGAUAUCUCAGAGUAAGAUAACGACUAUCGUAGAUGCUGAGAAACAGCUGCGCUGUUCGAUCGUCGAUGGAAAUUGUAAGACAGAACCAAAGACAAUAAUAAUUUCAGACAGUCAUAAAAAUCUUUACAAUCUAUUUCCCUGUAUAUCCACACACUACUACAUAUAUUGAAAUUCUUUCGUCGUUCUAUAACUUAUGCAUCGUAUGUCAUCCGACCUCGCGAAAUCGUCAGAGCCUUGUGAUCGUUCGUUACGUCCAACGUACAUCAUACAUACAUUGACAGAAACGUUCGCGUUACAUUCAUAGAAACUCGAAAGAAAACCGUCAACAUUUGACCUUGGUGUACAGUCUCGCGAUUCGUCCGCGAAACGUUAUACGUGAACAAGUCUCGUUUACCAUUAUCUUAAGCGAAUGCUAAGUCGUUAUUUUGCUUUCCUUUCUUUUUACAAAUUCGUUCAUUUCGCAUAUAUAAUAAAUAGAGUAAUAACGUUGUUGAACUUUAGGGGUAUCUACGACACGGUGUCGUAGCUUAAUGAAAAAAGAAAAAAAAGAAAGAAAA